CAGCUUGCUGACUGACAACAGGUGAACGGGAGUUAGUAACACGGGGCUCACGAGGACACCACAGCUGGAUGAAAUACCCGAUGAGAGGACGGUAACAGAAAGUGAUUAGGAAGCCAAGGAUACCGUGAUGUUUCCUCCUCCCUCCUGCUUCCUCUGGUGUCCUGAGCCGACCGGUGCUGACAGAAGAAACAUAACCCACACAGAAAAUCCAGACAAUCCCUUUGCAAUCAGGAGAGGAUGGGCUGUCACGCUGUGCUUUUGUUUGCUGUGAGAGGGAAACUUCAAUCACUCCAACGCUGCGCCCUGAUUGGUCAGCUUAGAGUUUCAUGAACCCUCUAUACCUGCCCUCUGAUUGGUCCUUCAUUCCACUGUGAAGACUUUUGCAGCCAAUCGCUAUCUGUCUGGUGCUGCAGCGUCUCCUCUGCAGCAGAUUUCUGCUUCAGUCGGGACAGAGCACAACAGGAAAGAGAGAGAGAGAGAGAGAGAGGAGAACGAGCUUCACACAGCUGAAUCAGGGAUUCUGCACAAGUGAUCUCCAACAUGGAGGUGCCCAGGAGGCCUCAGCCCUCCUCCUUCACACUGGCUCUCCCUAAACCAGCUCUCUCUUCUAUUGGCGCUGCAGAGAAAGUCACCAAGAAGGAGCUAAUGACCGAACUCCAGGAGAAGAUGGACCGAAGAACAGAGAAAGAUCAGUUUGGAGAAGAGACAUUGAGUUCAGAGGAGGAGUCGAAUGUGUCAGUGUAUUUGGAGGCACCAGCUGACAGCUCAGAACUUACAGAUACAAACACUUUCACUGCUGGAUCUAAACUUUCCGCACAGGAUAGUUUUUCAGAGGAGAGCUCCAUAUCAGAGGAGAGGCUGGCUGAGGAGGCCAGAAAGAAAUCUGAAGAGGAUGAAAAAGCAGCUAAAGAGAGAGCAGCUCAGAGGCAGUUGCUGGCUAUAGAGGAGCUGGUGAUGUCUGAGAGGAAUUACCUUCGACUUCUGCAAGUCAGCACUGUGACCAUCAGGAGCAACCUGCAGCAACUACAGCCUCCUCUUACCAACUUGGACAGCAUGUUUCUGUACAUAGAGGAUGUGAUCAAGGUGUCGAGUCGUCUCCUCAGCCUGUUGGACCAGAAGCAGUUCCAACCAGGAGACCCUCUCUACCUGGAGACUCUCUGUGAUUCGUUCCUCAGCCUGUCUUCAGAUAUUGAAGCAGCUUACAGGGAGUACCUGGCAAACUACAACAACGUCACAGUGACGGAGAACAGCUACAAACAGAAGGAGGCGCUCUGGAACGACAUUGUCAGAGUCAUCAAGACCUCAGCGCCUGAAGUAAACGCCACCUCUCUGAGUUUCUUCUUGGUGAUGCCGGUGCAGCGGAUCGCUCGUUACCCACUCCUCCUGCAGACCAUCCAGAAACACUCCGAGAAAAGUCACCCAGCAUAUGCACUUUUGGAGCAGACCGCUCACACCUCCAUUGCCCUGAACUGUCGCAUCAAUGAGUACAAACGCUUCAGAGAAGUUGCUGACAAAUACAAGAAAACAGAAACUCUGACAAUUAAGGACAAGAUCAACCGUCUCAACACUCACAGCAUCGCCAAGAAGACGGCGAGGAUCAGCCAGCACUUCAAACACGAGACUGGAAUAGCACCUAAGCUGGUUGAUGAGGAGUUUGACGCAUUGGAAGGUUUCUUUUACGUUCUGGAGCAUGGCAUCCUGGAGCUCCUGGAGAACGUGGAGAUGUACCUGCACCACCUGCAGGGGUUCCUGGCCUGCAAAACAGAGGAGUUUGACUUCGACAUGGAUGGAGAAAAGGCACCUAUUUGCUACAAGGAGAUCACUACAGCUCUCAGACAGUGGAUUCUUCCUACAUUUGAGAAGAGGAUGAGGACGUUGAUCCACAAGCCGCUGUGUGCACUCCGUGACCUCCUGGUGGGCCCGAGGAACCUGAUCAGGAAGAGGCUGGACAAGCUGCUCGACUACGAAGUGAUCUGUGAGAAGUCCAGUCUGAGCUACGAGGAACAGGCUGUGGCUAACACGUACAGGACAAUGAACACAUUACUCCUCAACGAGCUUCCUCAGUUCAACGGUUUGGCUCUGCAGAUGAUCUGGAGCAUGUUAGGGACAUUCAGCUGUCUGCAGAAAGACCUCGCCUCAGACAUGGAGCAACUCUUCCAAAGCUUUGCACAGCAGCUUCCUCACAGCUCUCUCAGCCCCAAAGCAUUCUGGGAGUGGGCGGAGUCUACAGUGCUGGAAGGUGCCAGAAGGCUGGAGACUUUGUGUCGAGGUGUACAGGACACACUUAACGCCCCUGUCGACCAGCCUCAGAGUCCAUCUUUUCAGCGCCGACUAAAGCAGCUGAUGGAUAAGCACGGUUCUGGAAAGAUCUACCAGGUGGUGGGGACGGUGGUGGGCAGCCGGGAUCUGGACCUGAACCUGGCCAAAGGGGAGCUGGUGGCCAUCAUCAGUGAGGCUGACACCCGCGGAGACAAGAGAAGAUGGCUCGUCGACGCUGGAGGCAGAAGAGGGUACGCUCCUUCCUCGAAGCUCAUUCGUUAUCACCAGCCAACAGAUGACCCGCCCCCUUCACCACAUUUGACCUUACCUGAGAGCAUGACGGGAAUCAGGAGACACUCCUACACCCCAGAGGGACGCCCACUGACCGUCAUGAGCCGGCCCUGCUUUCAGGUGUUUGCAGCCUACGACUUCAACGCGAGAGGUAACCAUGAAGUUUCUGUCCGGUCUGGUGAGCUGGUCCGUGUCCUGGAGCCACAUGACAAACGAGGGAAUCCUGAGUGGAGUCUGGUGGAGGCGAAAGGAGGGCAGAGAGGCUACGUGCCCUCCAACUACCUCACAAUCAUGGCUGUGCCGACUGGGGCGCAGGGUGCAUAUCCUGCUUCUUGCUGAGAGGAGAGGAAGGAUGGAGAGCAGCAUGUGCAGUAUGAAAGAACGCUAACAGCAGUCUUUGAAGCUGAAGCUGAACUUUCACAAGUCAUUGUGAUUUUCAGUGACAAAAUCAGUGUUCUAAAUUGCAGGAAUGCAAAAAAAAAAGCCAAAUUCUGUUGACUUCAAAUUAUUAUUUUGGGGCUUAAAUUUUUCAAUUUCAUCUUCACGACCUUUUAUGUUAAAACUAAUGCGACGAAUGCGAUAAUGAGAUUUUCAAAAUUUCAAAAAAUGUAUGUAAAAGUCAUUUUAGUUUACAUCAUUGUUGUUUCUUUAACCCCAAAUCACUAAUUUGCUUCAAAAAAAUCAUUACAGCAUACAAGGCCCCUUUUUUGUAGACCCUGGUUUAAAGGGAAAACGAAGACAAGAGUCUUCCUCCUCUGAUUAUUUUGAAGUUUCACAUUCAAAAUUGUCCUCCAAAGUGGAGACAGCUGAAGUCACAAACAAAAUGUGACUUUAAAAAAAACAACCUGUAAUGUUUUUGAAACUUCAGCUUUACAUCAAAAAUGACUUGACUUGAAGUGCAUCAGUGGACUUAGUGGAUUUGCCCUGAUGUUGUGACGUUUCAUUGUAGACCUUAAAACUGAAACAGGCGAUGACAUAUCAGCAGUAUUUUAUAAGUCUGCUCUAUUGCGGACAUUGCCUUACUCAUGUCAAUAUACUAUGUGACCCACUGGGGAAAAUGAAGGAGGACACAGCCUUGGUGCUUGUAGUUCCAUGUUGUCUGGCUCAUGAGCUCUUCAGCACCACCUUGCUGAAGUGGAUUAUACAUGUGUGUAUAUAUAUAUAUGAAGGCCAAAGGAAGCUUUAAGCCCCACUUUUGUCAAGGCCAUCUUUAAGUGACAAUGACAGAAAGUUUUAAUGAGGCUUGAAGGACUCCUGAGCUGUAUGCAAAGGGGGACUCAUUUCCCAUGAUCCUCAGCAGGAAAUAAGGACACUUGAAUUGAACAACAGACUGCAUGUUCUUGCUACUGUCUGCAUGUUUGUGAGCUAACUGCAGCACUUAGACCCGCAACGAGCAAAAAGUGUGUGUGUGUGUGUGUGUGUGUGUGUGUGUGUGUGUGUGUGUGUGUGUGUGUGUGUGUGUGUGUGUGUGUGUGUGUGUGUGUGUGUGUGUGUGUGUGUGUGUGUGUGUGUGUGUGUGUGUGUGUGUGUGUGUGUGUGUGUGUGUGUGUGUGUGUGUGUGUGUGUGUGUGUGUGUGUGUGUGUGUGCGUGCGUGUGUGUGUGCGUUCAUGCGUGCAUCUGUUUGAUGUGAAAUUGAGCUGAAGGAUGCGUGUGAUAUGUGUGGGUGUGUGUGUUGGGUCUUCUCCACAUCCUCACCUGGAGGCAGGAGAAGCACUGUAUCCAGACUGACAGGUACAACGCGUUCUCAUCAUCUCUGACUGUGUAAUGUGAUGUAAAUAUAAAAUGUCUCCAGGGCCCAGAGACAUGGAGAGAGGAGAGAGGAGGAGGGAUUUUAAAGACAGUGGGAGAUUUCUUUUUUUAAGGGAAGAGGAACUGAAGGAGUUGGAGGGGGAAAAGGUGUUUUUUCCUUCCUCUAACUGUUAGCUGAUUUAAAUACUUUCUGUUAUGCUUUUAUUAUCUCACUUCCUGUUGCAAUAAGAGGCUAAAUUGAGUUUUUGUUAGUUUUUGGCCUAAUAAUGAUAUAUACAGGACUGAAACAACCUAAUUCUGUAUUCAUAGGCACCUGAUGAUGCUUGUUGCCAUGGAUACUGUUAAUUCAAUGCAGGUCCCGUCUGACUGUGCCAUUUUUUCAAUUUGGCUGGACAGCAAGAACAUUUAGUUCCAACAGAAUCAUAAUUGUAGCACAUUUUUGCUGCUUCAGUAGGCUACAUUUUCAUGUCACUAAGUACACAAACCUGUAAGACAAGAGGAACCAUUCUGCACAGAAAGCAAAAUACCCCAGCCUCGGUACUUCUAUGUCUGUACUUGACAUGGAGGCAGAGAGUGAGUGUCUUUUCUAGACAUGCAUGUGAUGGACCGGUUUGAAGAAUUCAGCGGCAUGUAGCUGUGAGCAGCCAGUGUUCAGUUUGUCUUUUACAGGCUACAGUAGAAACAUAGCUAAGUUGGACUAUGUUGAUUCACCUGUACUUAGCCUACUUUGCUGUGAUUGGCUAGGGAUGUCAAAAAAACAUCAAACACAGGAGUCCCACAAAGAAGUGUCCCUUGUUAAACCAAAUGUCAAUGCUAAAUUGUGUAAUUGAGACAUUCCUUGAAGCAGACAUCUUGUAACAUGAGUAUGUUCUUCAUAAAAGCAAGCCUCCUCCCUCAGUAUUGUGCUGCAUCAGCUGCUUUGGAUGCGUUGCAGAGGGAGGGAGAACAGGGGCGGUUUGGACUCAGAGCGGCUCAGCUGGAGCUUAGCUGUCCCCAAACGUUUGAAUGUCAGGACGGAGCAGAGCAGCAGGAGGGAUGGGGAGCUGUUUGUGUACGAUAUGUUACCAUCAAAACAAAAUACCAAAUGUCCUCGAGGUUAGUAGAGGAAGAAAAUAUACAGUAUAUCCCCCGUCUGACUACAUUUUACCUGCUUUCACCUCCUCAAAGGGCAUUUUAAAGGGUGAAGCCAUGGAGCCUUGAACUCGGUGAUGUAUUUCACAAGUGCUAUAAAUUCCCAUGAAUGUUAAAUACAGCGUGAAGCUGCUGUUUGUGAUAUACCUUCAAAUUUGAAGCAAAUUAAUUUUUUAAAAGAGUUUUCUUACAAAAUGUAGAUAAUGUAAGAACUAAACCCCUAUAAUAAAAAGUCAUACAAAGCCAGUGUCUUCCUCUUUUUCUAAGUACAGGGUCCCAUUAAAAUCUUUCAUUUUGAUCAGAAACCUAAAAAUAUAAACUUAUGAGCAGUGGUUUGGGUAUAAACUUUGUCCUUACAGAGAUGUGUGUGUGACUGGAGCAGUUUUUGUUUCUCAACUCUCCACCACUAGAGGGCGCAGGAGACCUCGCCUGGUUGUGUUAAAUAGGAGAGCCAAUGGAAACGUCGUGAUUGUGUGUGUGUGUGUGUGUGUGUGUGUGUGUGUGUGUGUGUGUGUGUGUGUGUGUGUGUGUGUGUGUGUGUGUGUGUGUGUGUGUGUGUGUGUGUGUGUGUGUGUGUGUGUGUGUGUGUGUGUGUGUGUGUGUGUGUGUGUGUGUGUGUGUGUGUGUGUGUGUGUGUGUGUGUGUGUGUGUGUGUGUGUGUGUGUGUGUGUGUGUGUGCCCUCUUUACCUUUGUCAGUAUUGGUGCUUUCUCGGGAGCAGAACAUAAUCCUGUACAUUCUGUUCAUAUUGUUCAGUUGGGAUUUUUUUUUCUUAACCACAUGAAGUGUAACAUAUUAAACCUGUUGAUAUUCCAGUUUUAAAGUCUGUACAGCAAUUAUGUUAAUAAAUUAUUGUUUUGUAACUGUGCUUUUCUAACUUAUUUGAUGCCGCAGGGCUUUAGUGACCUGAGAUGAAUCAUGAAGUCUUUGAAGUGUUGCCAAAGUUAUGAUGUUAAAUUCACACACACACACACACACACACACACACAUAGAUCCUUUCACACAACAGAUGGGAGUGUGUGCACUGCAGCAGUAGUAUCCAGUAGUAUCUGUUGGGGCAGCUGUGAGCUGACUGUGUGUGGCUUCAAUAAAACUAAACAGAAAACUG